GGGUACAGGACAGCGAUUAAAAGAGGGUGGGAGGGGAGCAACUGACAGGCUCAAGAGCAAAUAACAGUGGGCAGCUGAACGGCAGCCAGAGCCUGAAGAAGCCAACUCCAGGGAGGAGGAGAGGAAGCAGAAGGCUCAGAAUCGGUCUCCUAAGCUUGGCAAGAUGGGUGACUGGAGCUUCCUGGGGGAGUUCCUGGAGGAGGUCCACAAGCACUCCACGGUCAUCGGCAAGGUCUGGCUUACCGUCCUGUUCAUUUUCCGAAUGCUGGUCCUGGGCACCGCUGCUGAGUCCUCCUGGGGAGACGAGCAGGCUGAUUUCCGGUGCGAUACCAUUCAGCCUGGUUGCCAGAAUGUCUGCUACGACCAAGCCUUCCCCAUCUCCCACAUUCGCUACUGGGUACUGCAGAUCAUCUUCGUCUCUACGCCGUCUCUGGUCUACAUGGGCCACGCCAUGCACACAGUGCGCAUGCAGGAAAAGCAGAAGCUGCGGGAUGCGGAGAAAACCAAAGAGGCCCGUGCCACUGGUGCCUAUGAGUACCCGGUGGCCGAGAAGACAGAGCUGUCCUGCUGGAAUGAAGUGGAAGGAAAGAUUGUCCUCCGGGGCACUCUCCUCAACACCUAUGUCUGCACCAUUCUGAUCCGCACCACCAUGGAGGUGGCCUUCAUCGUGGGCCAGUACCUCCUCUACGGAAUCUUCCUGGACACCCUUCACGUCUGCCGCAGGAGUCCCUGUCCUCACCCAGUCAAUUGUUACGUCUCGCGGCCCACAGAGAAGAACGUCUUCAUCGUCUUUAUGAUGGCCGUGGCUGGACUGUCUCUCUUUCUCAGCUUGGCUGAACUCUACCACCUGGGCUGGAAGAAGAUUCGACAGCGCUUUUUCAAGCCCCGCCUAACCCAGCGCCUCACUCCUCCCCCUGACUUCAACCAGUGCCUGAACAGAGCAGACCAGAAGUACUUGGGGGGCUUAAGUAAUAAUAUGUGUUCCCAGAAGAAUCCAGACACUCUGGCUGCAGAGGAAGUGCCGCACCAGGAGAAUAUUUCUCAAGGUUUCAACAUGCAAUAUAGCCACAAACCCGAGGAGCUCAAUGGAGCCUCUCCGAGCCACGACCUUCCUCCGGGCUACCGUGGUGACAAGCGCCGCCUUAGCAAGGCCAGCAGCAAAGCAAGGUCAGAUGACCUGUCAGUGUGACCCUCUGAGGAAAGGCCAGUCCCAGAAGGGAUCUCAGGAGGCUGUGACAGGGAGAAGCAGUCUCUCAGGACAGUAUAUUCUCCCAUUCAGCACUGCCAUGCUCCUUCCGGUCCCGAGUCUGGAUGGCAUUGCUCAUCCAUUCUCAAAAUCACAAUUCGAGGGUCUUCUCAAGGACAGGGCUACUCCUCAGGACUCAUCCUCUACCAGGAUACACAGUGAAGCCUUUCACGUGAUUUACUAAAUUGGAUAGGGUGGAGGCAGGAACGGGAACCAUGACAAAUCUGGCCUGGGAAGGACAGACACGAGGAUUCAACACCAGCAACUUACCAGAUAGAAAGUCCAGGUCUUGGCUCCUUUGGUACUAUGCCCAUCCUUUUUCUUCUUUCUUCUUUCUUUUUUUUGGAAGAGUCCAAGCUUCUCAGUCAGUUGAGAGUGUUCAUCAAGUACUUUCCUUUGUAUCAUCCCCUUGAAUCUGUUGCUCUCAUGGGCCAUCCCUCGGAGUGGUGCUUAGGUGACCGUGAGCUGCCCUUGGCUACACCUCCCUUCUCCCAGUCUUAAGGGGGUAUCCUUGGUCCCUAGCCAGCAUCAGCUUAACAAGUGCCUUGGUAUGUGCCUUUGGCAAACAUCUCAUGGUAGUGAUGCAGCCUUUCUGCCAGGAGAGACACCCAGCUCCUCAGGGUGCCAAGUCCCCUAGGCAGUCACUGUACACACAGGUAGCACUGACACUGCCACCCCUGUCAUCCUGCGGUCCUUUACAGGACAACGUAACCAUAGAAACCAUCCUUGCCUGCAUCCUCGGCUGUUCACCCAGGGCUCCUCUCACAUCUUUCUGAACAGGAAUGUCCAAGAAGUCACUAUCCUCUCGAGAACCCUGGCUAGAUUACCAGUCACCAAGUUCAGGGGAAGUUUCCCAGCAUUUGGGGAAACAAGGAAAGCAUUGUACUUCUCCUAGGAAAAAACAAUUCUGCUGUUAAAAUGAAAAUUUUAAAAUAAAUGAGAGAAGAUACCAGAAAACUAUUUUCCCUCCUAUGUAUGUCAUUCACUAUCUGACUGCCAAGAGGAGGCAUGUUGACAGCUACCCAGAUCUUUCUAAGAGGCAUCAAGGGGACAUAGAAGAAGGAGGGGCUCUCCAGCUGUUUUGGGCUAAGCUCUUAUUUAAAUUCCUAUGUUUCCUUGGUACCCCUAGGAAUAUUACCAGGGAAAAACUGCAGAAAAGCCCUGCCUUCCUCAAGGUCUAGCCUGGGGUCUCUACUGAGUAGAUCCAUAAUAGGUUGUCUUCCAUUUCUUUUAACGCAGAUAAAAGAUGCUCAGGAUCAGAUACCGAGACUCAUAGACACGUUGCUGCAUUAAAAUAGAUCGGUGCGUGCAUACAUGUAUAUACAUGUGUGUGCAUUUGUGUGGACAUGUGCAUGUGUGUGUACAUGCUUAUAGGAUGGUGAAGAAAUGUCCUAAAGAAAGGUAAGGAAAUGAGAAAUGUGUAGAGAAGUUUGGGUCUUUCUGCCCCGCUUGCAGUUGUCAGGCAGGAGGGCGGAGCUUGCAUCUCCAUCAGCCUAAGGGACAGGCAGUCCCGAAGGGUGAAGGCUCAGAGGUCAGUCUCUGCCCCCUGACCCAUCACUGGGACCCUAGGCUGGCAUUUGGAUGGUACUGGUGGAUAGAAAGGAAGGCUUGGGAAGGAAGAAGUGAUGGGAUACUUGGGAAAGCAGGAUGCCCCCUCCCCUGCCCCGCCAACACAUUUCAUUCAUUAUGAUUCUCUGUCUUUCUAGUUAUGGGAUUUAUUUGUUUUCUGCAAUGAGUGUUUUUGAAUUAGAAACUCUAAGAUCAGCCUUCGAAUGGUGAGGUUUUCAGAAGGGAAAAGGGAGAUAAUAUGUGUAACUUGUUUUCAAUAAAAUCUGCCUCUACAUGCUA